AUGGACGACCGUGGAUUCAUCCUGGACAGCGAUGCCACCGCCCGCGAUGUCUACAGCACUCUCCAUGGCGACGAGAUUCGCACCUUGUUGCUUGCUCCAGGCGAGAAAGGCACGCCCAUUAGCUGUGAGAUGCAGGUGAUAGCAUCUCCCAGGAGCACUCAAUUCGAGGCCCUGUCAUACGUCUGGGGCGAAACCAGGCCAUCGAAGCUCAUCUCUUGCAACGGCUUUGACUUUCCCGUGACCGACUCUCUAUACACAGCUCUUUUUCAUCUGCGGUAUACGGAUGCCUGGAGAAGGUUAUGGGUAGACCAGCUCUGCAUCAAUCAAACCCAGGGUCAGGAGUUGAUGAAACAAGUCGGGUUGAUGGGAAGUCUUUAUUCCUCUGCGUGCCGUGUCAUCGUCUGGCUCGGCAAGUAUGACCAAAAGAUGUCGCUGGCAUUCGAAAUGCUGCACGAGACCUCUCUGAGUUUGAGCCUCGUUCGAUCUGACUUCCUGAACUCGUCGAGUGGACCAUCGACACCCCGAACAAGAUCGCUCACGCCUCGGGGGACGUCCAGGUCUCCGCGACUGUCGCGAUAUCCUAGCCGUGCCUCGGGCUCGCGUGAAAGCCUCAGCAGCCUCUCCUCCUCGACUUCGAGCCUGACUAGCUUGCCGUCUCCCCGGCCGAAGAAUAAACGGCACAACACUCCUCCCGCCUUGAAGCACGCAUUGUCGAUUUUCCAGCACGUGUACUUCACGAGGAAGUGGACAUUCCAAGAGAUAAUUCUGGCCAAGGCCGCAAUCAUCUGCUGCGGCGACCUCGAAAUGGCAUGGAGUGACUUGUCCCUUUGGUAUUUCCAUUAUGCCUCCAAACUACGCAGCUCGAGUCUCUUGUACGACUCCGAUGGCUCCUUUGAGAAUAUCCUGACAGUAAGGAACGAACUGGACAAGGGCACACUGAAGCUGAGUAAGUUGCUCAUGCUGACCCGGCCGAGGACGAGCACGAAACCCGAAGACGCGAUUUAUGCACUGCUGGGCUUGAUGCCCGACUUGCUCGAGGCUUUGGAGUCGAAGUCGAAAAUCCAACAGUCCUCCGAGACGAUAUAUUUUCCGGGGGAGGACUUGUUCUGCCUCUACCUAAAGGUCUUUCUAUACUGCAUCGAGAAAGAGCACGACUUGGCUAUCCUAAGCGCCGCUGGCAGGUACAGGAGCAGUGCCCAAGCGAGUUGGCCAUCCUGGUUACCAGACUGGAGGCAAUCCCUGCCCCUCCGGCCCUUGAUCCUCACGGAUUCUACAGAUCUUGACGCAGACUCCGCCUUUGCUGAAGACGCCCCCAAAGAUGCCACCCCUGUGCAACACGCUGCGAAAUCGCCCAUCUUCAAGUUGAAUCUCCUGCCCGCUUUGCCAACUUCAUCGAUGUCAGCCCGAACCUCUCUGACAGUAUUUGGUGUGCGACUUGGCUGUCUGGUUACGCGUCAACUAUCUUGGCCCAGCGUUUUCCUGGUUGCCGACUCACAGGCUGAGUCUUUACUGAACAGUAGAGUGGAUGAAGGCCAAUUCACCCAGCCACUUGCAUCCCUGGCACCAUCACUCUCUGACAGACUCCUGAAAUCCGGCCAGGCCACAUAUCACGGGCCAAACCAGAGUUACGCGGCUUCUUUGGUGCAGAAAUCACUCAAAAGCGGCGCGCAAUGUCGUUCCGUAAGGACUUCUGCCGUGGUGGAACCUGGAGAUUGGCUCUGCGCCUUCAGGGGUGGGAGUGUGCUAUACGCUGUUCGUCCGCUUGUCGAGUUUAAUGCUCACCAAGCAAACUCCACCUCAGUGACGAGAGGGAGAUCGUUGCGCCAUUCGAAAGCACCAACAUCGUCGGUCGCCAGCGCCGUACAGCGCGCCAAAUACCUGUUCCUUGGUGAAUGCGCAGUGCACGGCCUGAAUCCAAGCGAGAUCCUGGAUUAUCGAGAUGAAACGAUCGAGUUUGAGCUGACAUGA